UGUCAGGAUAGGGUUGAAUGAGUGGGAGUCAACAAACAAAAUUUCCUAGUAUUUCCUUUUUGUCACCAAAGAAUUGUCCUGUGCCGCAGGACGAUUGUCUUUUUAUGUCUUGUUUUUUCAAUUUUUAAAAAUGAGUGAUCUCUUCAAAUCAGCAUUCGAUUAUUUCAGUGGACCGACUAAUAAUGUACAUAGUGAAAACAGUUUUGUGGGACAACUUAUUGAAAUAUCGAAUGUUAAACUGAAAAUUAAAAAAGUUAUUGCUGAAGGAGGAUUUGCAGUUGUUUUUGUUGCACAAGAUAUUUCUACAGAUAGAGAAUAUGCAUUGAAGAGAUUAUUAGCCGCUGAUGAGGAAAGUAAAAAGAAUAUCAUACAAGAAAUCAAUGUUCUCAAGAAACUUGCUGGUCAUCCCCAUAUAAUUCAAUAUCUAACUGCUUCUCUCAUUGACAAAUCACAAACUCAACAUGGUCAAACAGAAUUCUUAGUUGUGACUGAAUUAUGCACAGGUGGUUCUUUGGUAGACAUCCUAAAAGCUAGAAUUUCCGCUUUCGAUCUGGAAACGAUAACAAAAAUAUUCUAUCAGACAUGUUUAGCCGUAGCUCAUAUGCAUUCUCAACAGCCUAAAAUCAUUCAUAGGGACCUAAAAAUAGAUAAUCUACUGUUGAGUGCUGAUGGUUUAAUAAAAUUAUGCGACUUUGGAUCUGCCACAUGUGAAAUCUUCAAUCCAGAUCUCAACUGGUCUGCCAAUCAACAUUCUAGUCUCGAAGAAAACCUUGCAAGAUUCACCACUCCCAUGUAUAGGGCUCCAGAAAUGGUCGAUACUUGGAGUAACUUUACUGUAGGGCCCGCUGUAGACGUCUGGGCUCUUGGUUGUAUUUUGUAUACUCUUUGCUUCAUGAGACAUCCAUUUGAAGAUGCGGCCAAACUGAGAAUUUUAAAUGCCAAUUAUACUAUUCCUCCAGAUCCAAAAUAUUCUUGUUUCCAUGACAUAAUUCGUGGAAGCUUUAAAGCCAAUCCUUCGGAACGGUUCACAAUCAGUGAUUUAUUGGAACGUGUAGCAGCAAUAGCAGAAACUAAUGGUUUCAAUCCAAAAACUCCUUUGAAAAUCCCUAGUGUUAACAUUGUUGCGGAUGAUACCAGUGAGAGUAGUAAUGGUGUGAAGCCAUCACCCCCUUCUAGGCCUGCUGCGCCAAUACAGCGAAAAGCCGUGAAGACUUCGCCUAGUCAUCAACCGCCCAGACCAACGCAACCUCCUGUCCCUCAAAGGCCAAAUGGACCACCUGUAGAUAGGCCUCCUCCUGCGAUACCUCCUCAGAAACCCAUGGACACCAAACAGUCCAGUCUUUUUUCCUCGAUUAGAGGAGGAGCUGGCAGUUUCUUCAAAAACUUGAAAGACACCAGCACCAAAGUGAUGGCAACAGUACAACAGUCGAUGGGUCGAACAGAUCUGGAUAUUAGUUAUAUAACUUCGAGAAUAUUGGUAAUGCCAUAUCCUUCCGAAGGCUUAGAAUCAGCAUAUCGAACUAACUACGUUGAAGAUGUCAAAUUGUUUUUGGACACCAGACAUCCCAACAAUAAAUAUUCUAUAUAUAAUCUAUCAGGCCGUACUUAUCACGCAAAGUUCGAGAACACUAGAGUAAUAAACUGCAAGUUCGCCUACCCCGAGCAUUUCAGGGCCCCUUUAUUGAAUUCGUUAUAUCAGUUGUCCGAAGAUAUUUACCAAUAUUUAGCAGGCGACAGUAGGAACGUUGUUGUGAUUCAUUGCACAGAUGGGAAAGCGGUGUCUGCUUCUUUGGUGUGCGGUCUUUUGAUCUACUCUGGUGUCUGCGAGGUUCCCGAAGAUGCCUUGCAAAUGUUCGCUGUGAAAAGAAUGCCUCCGAAUCUCCAACCGUCUAAUCUCAGAUAUUUGUAUUAUCUAUCAGAAAUCGUGAAAAACCCACCAAAUUAUCCUCAUUACAAACCUGUUACCUUGAUAUCUCUGCAAAUGCAUCCUGUACCCGCUUUCACCAAAGUUAGAGAUGGGUGCAGGCCUUAUGUCGAAAUACACAGCGAGAAUAGGUGUAUCUUUUCGACCAUUCAAGAUUACGAACAGAUGAGGGUGUAUAAUAUCACGGAAGGAAAGUGUCUUUUAAACAUCAACGCUACCGUCUGUGGAGAUGUAUGUGUUGUAGUGUAUCACGCAAGAAAUGUCUUAGGAGGUGUUAUGACUCAGGGCAAAGCCACCGGUAUCAAAAUUUGCCAGAUGCAGUUCCACACCGGGUUCAUACCGGAAGAAGAAACAACCAUAACAUUCACAAAAUCUGACCUUGAUGAUAUCAACGACACAACGGAUCAUUUCCAAGAAUCGUUCAAGGUGGUGCUCAGCAUUUUCGUUGCCGAUACGGAGAGGAAGCUGUCUCAACCUGCACCUUGGAUCACGGAUAAAACAGCACGAACCCCAGACACCAUGUUCAGUACAAAAUUGGAGAAAGACGAGGCCAUAGACAAUUUCGUUAGCAAACCGGCCAAACUAUCAGAACGACCCCCAGAAAGGCCUCCUAGAGUUUCCGCGCCUCAGAGGCCUGCUCCUCCUUCUCCGAGACCCAAACAUGUGAUCAACGAUUACUCGUACAAAGAUUCCAGCGAUUCGGACUGUGAAUCAAAUCAACCGUUACAGAGAGAGGAGAGGAGUAUAGAGGAGAGCGUGGAUCUCCUCAAUCUGAAUUUCACGCCUCCCAAACCAGCAAGGCCACCGCAAAGACCUCCCACUUCAAGUUUCGACCUCUUGGCAGAUCUAAGCGGAAGCACCAAUUCGGACAACAGUUUCGGUGAUUUCAGCUCUUGUCCCAUUCCAAAAGAACCGCCCACUGUAGCUUCUGGUGGGGGUCAGGCUAAAGUAGAUAACUUGUUCGACCCCUUCGGGACUCAAGCUGAUAACGGGAAUCUAUUGGGAGGCUGGACCGAUUUUCCCAAGGCACCUGUUAAUAAUUCUGCGAAUCCUGUUGAAACAGGAACUAACAAUUUCUUCGCAGGAUUAGAUGACAUUGGUGACAUGUACAAGAAUCAACCGCAAGGCUCCCAAAUGAACCAACCGUUCAUGGCUACCUCUCCACAGCAUAUACCUCACUCCAAGUCCCAACAAAUCCCAGUGAAUGCUUCUAUGCCUACCCCUCUGCGCACUCCUAGUCCGGGUCAUACUCCAUUGGCCAAGUCCCCAGCCGACUCCAGACCUGACUACAGUAGAUCUCACUUCGAGCCACUCAACAAAACGGGCAUCCCAAAUGGGGAGAAGACAAAGCCGAAAUCCGAAGAUAUCUUCGGGGACCUGCUGGGAUCCCAAGGCUUCAAGUUCAAUCCCAAAAAGGACAACACUCCUAGGUCUAUAAACGAGAUGAGAAAAGAGGAAUUGGCCACAACUAUGGAUCCGGAGAAGCUCAAAGUGAUGGAAUGGACUGAAGGGAAGAAGGGGAAUAUAAGGGCCUUGUUGUGUUCUCUACACACAGUAUUAUGGGACGGUGCAAAAUGGAAUAAGUGUGAUAUGCAUCAGUUGGUGACUGCUGCAGACGUUAAGAAGGCUUAUAGGAGGGCUUGCUUGGCUGCUCAUCCAGACAAGCAAAUUGGUACGGAAAAUGAGAAUCUGGCAAAAUUGAUCUUCAUGGAACUGAACAACUCAUGGAGUGAUUUUGAGAGCAGUGGAUCACAGCAACAACUCUUUGGUAGUUGAAAAGACUAACCUUCCAAUUAGAAAAAUCUCUUACAUUCCUCUCUCAUUAUCCCGAGAUUGUUACUUGAUUCGAUAUUAAUGCUAUUAAUAAGAAGAAAAAAAAAUAGAUUUAUUUUAAAUUAUUAAACUAAAUAUAGAAAAGCAAUUGAAUAUCAUGCAAACUUUUAGAUUAUGAAGAAUUUUUGAAAGACUUUUAAAUCCAGUUGGUUUAUUCAUAUUUUGAAAUUUUAUUCACGUUUUGUAUAGAUAUAUUUUUAUAUACGAAUAUGUUGCAGGAAAAAUAUUUGGCAUUGGCUUAUGUUUUUCUUGAGGAUUAAUGACAAAAUGUCCUGCCAUUUAGUUCCUUUAUAUUUAUUUUCAUUAUUCGAAGGCUAAGUGCAACUUUGAUUUCCUCCAAGAUUUUCAAAGUUAUAACUUUUUUGUUGAAGUGUUGAUUGAAGAAAUAUGUGUCACAAUAAAGUUAUGAAAUUUGA